AAAAUAGAAGAAGAAAAUAACAUUUAAUUGUCUUAAAAAUAUGAAAUGGUAUUAUUUUUAUUAUACAUAACAUUUAUAUAUAAAUGAUUAGGUUAGAUUAGGAUAUUUUAAAUGUUUUGUAAUGAACAAGCUAAGAAUUUUAAAAGUAUCUUUCAUAAGAUUCAAAAGAAAUAUGCAUACAACAAAUGGCAAAGAAAUUCUUGUAGAAAAAUUAAGUCGUAUAACAACAAUAGGCAUAAAUAGGCCGGAUAAACGCAAUUCUGUUGAUUUUAAAACCGCCAAACUAUUAAAAAACGCAAUAGAAGAAUUUGAAAAAGAUAGUAACUCCUAUGUAGCAGUUAUUUAUGGAACUGGCGGUAAUUUUUGUUCAGGCUUUGAUUUUAAUGAAAUAGCAGAAUUAGAAAAUCCCUCAGAAUCACUGAGCUCAUUAGAAAGGGGCUUAAUGGAUUUUCCCAGCCACAUUAAAAAACCUACCAUCGCUGCAGUUAAUGGCUAUGCAGUUGCUGGUGGUCUAGAUCUAGCUUUACUGUGUGAUUUAAGGGUGAUGGAGGAAACUGCUGUACUGGGUUUAUACAGUAGAAGAUUUGGCAUUCCAAUAACGGAUGGCGCAACAGUAAAGCUUCAAGCUAUGAUUGGCCUAUCAAGAGCUUUAGAUAUGAUACUAACAGGAAGAUCUUUGAAUGCUGAAGAAGCAUUGCAAUGGGGAAUAGCAAACAGGAUUGUUGCUUGUGCUUUAGGUCAAGCUAUCAAUCUAGCUUCAUCUCUAACUAAAUUUCCACAAGAAUGUCUAAAUGUUGACAGAAUGUCGACAUACAACUCUGCAUAUGGUAAUGUUUUUGAUGAACUGUUACAGGAAGAAAGAAAAAACUCUAAAAAAGUGUCUGUGAAUAGUAUAGUUGAAGGUGCUAAAAAAUUUUUAUCUGGUUUAGGUAGGCAUGGAAAAACGUACAAUUUGACUGAAAGAACUGUUUGUGAUUGGGAAAAAGAAUUUAAUACUAAUAAUAGUAACAAGCCAAAGAGUAAAUUGUAGCUUUUGAAUUGUUUCAAUUUUGUAGUAAAAUAUUUUGUUUGA